UUUGUGGUCGCAGGGAGAACUGAAACAACGAAGAUGGCGGACAGUGGCCACCACGACCAGUCCGUUCCCUGGACGGAGCACACGGCUCCCGAUGGACGCAAGUACUACUACAAUGCGCAGACCGGCGAAUCCACGUGGGACCGACCUGCCGAGCUGAACACUGGCGGCGUGCAACAUACUGCGGUUCCCACCGCUGCCGCUGCUGUGGUGAACCAACAAGUUCGCCAACAACAGCAAAGCCUCGGCCAAGUGGCCAACCCCCAAGCCCAACAAGGUGUUCCAGUCGCUGCUGGCAUUGGCGCUGCGGGCCAACAACCUCAACAACAGCAACCGUACGGCGGUCAGCCUCAACAGUUCAUUCAAGGCGGUGCUGCGUACGGGGCGCAAGGAUACCCACAGCCGUAUGGAGCUCCCAUGGGCUACCCUCCGUAUGCGCAAGGUGGAUACAUGUAUCCUUAUCCUCAGCCUUAUGGAUACGCGCCGCAAGUCGCGGGUCCAGGUCCUCCCAUUCAAACGACGGAAAGUGGACAAGGGCCCCCUGGAUGCAAUUUAUUCGUGUUUCAUAUUCCAAAUGAUAUGACCAACCAGGACCUGUUCAACUACUUUCAAACGUUCGGCAACGUCAUUUCCGCCCGCAUCAUGGUCGAGAAAGAGUCUGGCCGUUCGCGCGGGUUUGGGUUUGUCAGCUACGACAACGCGCCGUCUGCGGAUGCCGCCAUCAAAGGCAUGAACGGGUUCCAAGUCGGCCGAAAACGCCUGAAGGUGCAGCACAAGAAGGAAAAGGGAAGCGGUGGGGGGUUGUACGACGACGACCUGGACGAACAAGCGUCAGUGGCACCCCAGUAAACGAGUCUUGCAUGCCUCGGGCGAAGCAUAUCGCAUGGAGUGGAUGCGGCAGUGGCGUUGGUUUUGAUUUGCAUCUUGCAUUGCGGGCCGGAGGUUCCUGGUUCAUGCGUCCUUCAUAUUGCCUAGUCUAUAUGCAACGCCGUUGUAGCGUCGCCCAUAGUUGUAAUUUCAACCGUGGUUGUCGUGCAAGUGUUGUUGAUCUUCCAAACCACACCAAUCGACCAUUGGUGCAAUAUGCCUUGAGUGGAUUUGCGAUCGGUGCGUUG